ACUGCCGAAAGGUUGUAGGGCAAGAGGGUGUCUCCCCAAAACGGCCCGACCCUCCUUCGGCCUCUACAUGGACUAUAAUAGGAUGAGUUCCUUUUUAGAGUACCCACUUUGUAACCGGGGACCCAACGUCUACAGCGCCCCAACCUCCUUUCCCCCCAGCUCAGCUCCGGCCGUUGACAGCAGCUACGCAGGGGAGAACCGCUAUGGUGGAGGGCUGCCCAGCUCAGCGCUCCAACAAAACUCGGGGUAUCCUGUCCAGCAGCCGCCGUCAUCCCUGGGGGUGUCCUUUCCCAGCCCCGCUCCCUCGGGGUACGCCCCAGCCGCCUGCAACCCCAGCUAUGGGCCUUCCCAGUAUUAUUCUGUGGGUCAGUCGGACGGAGAUGGAAGCUAUUUUCAUCCGUCGAGCUACGGAGCCCAGCUAGGGGGGUUGCCUGACAGCUAUGGAGCGGGUGGAGUCGGCUCAGGACCAUAUACUCCGCCGCAGCCACCUUAUGGAACCGAGCAGACGGCAAACUUUGCACCAGCCUACGAUCUCCUCUCUGAGGACAAGGAGUCAUCUUGCUCGCCAGAACCCAGCACUCUCACUCCCCGGACCUUCGACUGGAUGAAGGUCAAGAGAAACCCACCUAAGACAGCGAAGGUGUCCGAGCUGGGACUGGGCGCUCCCGGCGGUCUCCGCACAAACUUCACCACGCGCCAGCUGACGGAGCUGGAGAAGGAAUUUCAUUUCAACAAAUACCUGAGCCGUGCCCGGAGGGUGGAGAUCGCCGCCACCCUGGAGCUCAAUGAAACGCAGGUGAAGAUCUGGUUCCAGAACCGGCGCAUGAAGCAGAAGAAGCGCGAGCGAGAGGGGGGCAGGGUGCCUGCAGGCCCUCCAGGUUGCCCCAAGGAAGCGGCUGGAGAUGCCUCCGACCAGUCUGCGUGCACCUCCCCAGAAGCCUCGCCCAGUUCCAUCACCUCUUGAACUGAACUUCCUAAGUAACCCGGCUUCCAACGCUGGACCAGCCCUCUCAUAGACUUUCCCAAACUUCACAACCCCGGUACCCUCCUCAAGGCUGAGGAACCAGCUUAGAGCUGCCUAGGAUGCUGGGCAGGAGUGGGAAAAUGUAUUUUUUUUCCCUCAGAUCUAGGGGUGGAGGGAUGAUUGAUGACUGGGGAUCCUUACAGGUCUUGGGACCUGGGGAGCACUCAGCUCCUCACAGGUCGAAGGAAAGCCUUUUUGGCUUUGUUCAGCCCAUCCUUCCAGGGCUGCUCCUUUCCUUUCCGACUCAGUUCAGUGCCUUUGCGUUUAGAGAGUUCUUCUUUCGCAUUCUUAUCCCAACUCUUCUUUCUAGGCCUGGGAUUUCUAGGCCGAGAGUCCUCGGGAUUUUCCGGUGGAGGAUGUGUUUUGAGUAUGGGCCCAUCACCACGAACCCUUAAUCUUAAUCCUUAAUCCAGCCAACUCGCCGCAGACUUUACAGUAGCACCUACUGUCUUGUGACAUACCAAAAAAAAAAAAACAACAACAACAAAAAAAAAAAAACAAAAAACAAAAAAAAAAAAAACCAACCAACCAACCAACCAAAAAACCCUAGUCCCAAGUAAUCCCACAAACCCUUCCUGGCACAUUUCUAUUGCACUAAUGCAGCCCUCAGAGGCUGGCUUAUGAGAUCUGCCCCUUCCCACUGGCAUCACUAUAUCACCAAAGCGGUUUUUUUUUGGAACUUGGCACUACAGGGAUUUUCGGAGCAUGGUCGCAAGGACUCCCUCAAGCAAGCCUCAACCAAGAAGGGGCGAGUACCCCCUCCCAGCUCCCUAUUUAUUACCUCCGGAAAAGGCCCCUCCCCUGCCCCCAUUCUCCUUUCCAUAAAACCACCCUACCCCUCGGGCAGUCUAGGGAGGCCCAGGAAUGGCGACAGAAUUCCCAGCAGCUUCGGACGUUUCUCUGAACCUUGGGGACAGCAGAGGGGCCACUUGAGUUUCUAGAAAACCAAGCUCCAAGCAAGCCAGGUUGUCUUUGUAUCUACAACUACCUCAAUGCAAUAAAGUCUGUUUUCUC